AUGAAGAGAACUUGUCUAAUCGAAACAUUUGAAACACUCCAGAAAAAAGCUAAGGAUAAUAUCGCGUUUGAAAACAUAGGAAAAAACUCCACCAUGUUUAGAAAUACCUUUUGGUAUCAUGAAUUACUUGGUGCAGAAAAAUCGUGCCUUAAAGAAGACAAAUUAAAGAAGAUACACUACAAGUUUGAGAAUGGCAAAGAAAUGGUUGAAGAAUACAACGUAGACACUCAAGUUCUUUUACGCAGAGCUUGGAAAGUUAAGGGAAAAUUAGGAGGUGAAGGAAGAUGGGAGGUAGAAAUUGGUGAUCCAAUUCCAGAUGCCACUCCUCGUAUUGACGCUGGUGCUGAUAUAAUGGAAAGUAAAGAUCAGCCCCUUUUAUCACGCCGCAAUACCAGAAUAAAUUUGGAAUGGAGAAUCAGAAACCUACCAUAUCCUAUUGAAACAUACUCAAUAAGUGCAAAUAAUGAUGAAAGAUGUAUAAUAGUCCGUACUACUAACAAAAAGUAUUUCAAAAGACUUCAAGUGCCUGAACUGGAUCGUUUUAAUUUGCCAAUUGAGCAGGCAAAUAUAUCAUCCACUCAUCAAUUUCAUACUUUAAUUAUCAUGUACAAAAAACCUCAGAUGUUACUGGAUAUGGAGAAGGAAUGGUAUCAAGAAAUAUCUAAAGUAAAGCCAGUUAAAGAUGUACCCAAUGACUGUAAAACACAAUAA